UGAGUACUGUGCGGAAUUACAAACUACGUUGGCCUUGAAUAACGUUUUAUCAUUGUAGCUGACGUCAUUUCGUGAUGGAACCUCCCAAAUAUAAUACUGAACGCUAACAUCUAGCUCUAAAUCCUAUUUCUAAUUCCUCACACUUAGUUCUAACCUUUUAACCCUAGUAAAUAGUUGUUUAUCGUCAAGGUCACUUUGGCAUCGUCCAUAGGUCGUCUGACCUCUGGAGAGUUAUAGUAUGAAAGAUGAUACGAAGAAUUUAAUUGCUGGAAGCUUGUCCGGCUUUACUGUCCGGUUUCUUACGCAACCAUUAGAUGUUAUAAAGAUUCGCUUUCAGUUACAAGUGGAAGAUAUCAAGCCCUCAGGAAAAUCAUAUUACACGGGCCUGCUUCAAGCAUUUAUUCGUAUUUAUAAAGAAGAAGGUGUAUAUGGUUUGUGGAAGGGUCAUGUGCCCGCACAAUUUCUUUCUGUUACCUUUUGCGGAGCGCAAUUUGGGAGUUUUUAUGCCAUUGAAAAUUUACUAGUUAACCAAAUAAAUCUUAGCUCAUCAUCGGCAUGGGUUCACGAUUUGAUCGCUGGCAGUGUAACUGGCGUGAUUGCAUCUACACUAAGUGAACCAUUAGACGUCAUGAGGACACGACUUAUAGCUCAGGGUAAAAAUCAGAUUUAUUCAGGCUUCUUGUUUGGCAUGUGUCGUCUUCUUCAUGAAGAAGGAUUACUUGGUUUUUGGCGAGGACUUGGACCAUGUCUUAUAUCAGUGGUACCACAAACAACUGUAUAUUUUACAACUUAUGAACAGUUGAAACGAUCUCUUGUUGUAUUCGAAUCAAAAGUCAAUGUCUCUACAACGGAUAAAUCUGCUUCGUUAGAUAAUGAUGCCAGUCACCAAUCAUCACAAACUGAUCAUCGUCAUAGCCAUCAGUUGAAUUGGCAUUUUCCACUUUGGGCAGGUGGAUUUUCUGGUCUCUUAGCUAAAACAAUUGUGUAUCCGCUUGAUUUGGCUAAAAAACGUUUAGAAAUACGUGGAUUCGAAAAAGCCCGUUCAACAUUCGGUGAAUUGCCUAAAGAUUAUACACCAUCCACAUAUAAAAAUAUUAAUUUGAAACAGCUGAAUCGAAGUCAGUUUUUUGCUUCAUUCUCUUGUUUGAAAGAUAUUGUUAAAGAACAUGGUAUUCGUGGAUUGUAUAAAGGUUGGAUACCAUCAGCUUUAAAGGCUACAUUAACAACAGGUUUAAUGUUUUGGUUUUAUGAACGAUAUAGUUGUCUGUUAUCUUAUUAUUGUUAACUUCAAGUAAUCAGAAAUCAUGAUGGCUUGUGAAUCAACAUCUGCUUCGGAAUUUCCGGAGUCUAAAAGAGACAACAUGUAAUUUCACUGGGUCAUUUUAUUAGAUCAUCUAAAACAUUUCUCAUCCCCUGAGAGGUGGUCUAUUUAACCAAGAUAGCUUACUUCUUUCUAAUCAGUGAAUAUAUUAAGGAUGUACCCUAUGUGUUGUUGUCCAAUCCAAGUGAAAAAAAGAAGGAAAUUUUAUACCAGUUCCAACUGUCCGUCAGAAAAAAUCGUUUUCUUCUACAAGUGAAUAAGUAACACGCACUUGUACAAAUCAUUUAUCAUCUAUAUUCACCGACUAUAUAUCUAUAUCUAUCUGCUAUCUGAUAUUUUGUUUAUUUGUACACUGACAUUUUGCAAUAAAACUGGUAUUAGUUUUCAAUGCCAUUGUACAAAUUAUUAUUGUCUGACCGUAAUCAAUAAAUAAAUUUAAGACAAGAAUACAUUAAAGAUUUGAUAUUCCCAAUGGAUCGUACUAAAGUAAGUAUGUAGAGUCUAGUUUAAACUGAUGACACAAAAUAUCAUAAUGAAAAUGAGAAAAGUAGCUUGUCUGAGUUGUUAUGAAAUAUUUUUUGUCUUGCUGAUUCUAUGUAAAUUACCUUCCGACCCCAGGGGUGAUUAUCUAUCUAUCUAUCUCCAUAUAUAUUUAUAUAUAUAUAUAUAUAUAUAUAUAUAACAUAAAAGAAAUGAUACUAUAGCAAAAACAAGUUGAAACAAGCAAGUUUAAUAUCAAUAACAAUUGAUUAAAUCAGUCUGUUCUUCAAUGAAUGAAGUAUGUUUGAAUAUAGCGAAUUUCAAUUCACACAGCUAUACAGUCUGAAUAAAUCUUAUUUGAAAAUUUUUGUGACCAAUUAUCCAAACUCUAUUGAUUAUUUCUGUUUCGUAAUUUUAGGCGGUUCGAAAAACUUGAUUUUGUACACUCCUCAAAGGGUUGCUGGAAAAUACUUGGUUUCAUGUAUCACAAUAGCUAUUGAUUUUUAACGAUCACUUCAUGUACUCAUCUACUGCAUUGCAGUUAGAUUAACUGUGGUGCUGUGGUGCGAACUACUUAUAAGUAGUAUA